AUGGCUGCAAGAGCAUUCACCGCUGGCCCUAUUGCAUUUGAUAACACAACCACCACAGCAAUUCUUCAGUACAAUGGGAACUACACUCCAUCUUCGUCCCCUUCAUUUCCUGCCCUUCCCUACUAUAAUGAUACCUCCUCAGCUUAUAAUUUCAUUUUUUCACUUAGAAGCUUGGUUAGUGAAAAUCAUCCAGUUUAUGUCCCUAUACACUUGAAAAAAAGAUUGGAAUCAACUAUUGCAAUAAAAACUUUUCCAUGCUACCCAAAUGGUACAUGUCAGGGACCAAAUGGGACUCGGUUGGCUGCAAGCAUGAACAACAUAAGCUUCGUUAUCCCCCAAAGAUUCGAUAUUUUGGAAGCUUAUUAUUACCAUAUCAAUGGGGUUUACAAGAAGAAUUUUCCUAGUUUCCCACCGUUUGUGUUCAAUUUUACUGAAGACUAUCCACCUUUGUACCUGAACACACCAAAAAGGGGGACUGAAGUGAAAGUACUGAAAUAUAACUCUACGGUUCAGAUGGUUUUGCAAGGCACAAAUUUGGUUGCAGGGUUGGAUCAUCCCAUGCACCUCCAUGGGUUCAGUUUCUAUGUUGUGGGGUGGGGGCUUGGCAAUUUUGACAAACAUAACGACACCAAGAAUUUUAAUCUUGUGGACCCUCCUUUUCGUAACACUGCUAUAGUUCCCAGGAAGGGCUGGAUUGCCGUCAGGUUCAAGGCAAGCAAUCCUGGAGUUUGGUUCAUGCACUGCCAUUUGGAUCGCCACCUUACAUGGGGCAUGGACAUGGCGUUUAUUGUGAAAAAUGGCAAGAGCCCACAAACAAGUCUACUACCACCACCACCAGACAUGCCACCUUGUUGA